CCUUCUUUCUUACUGCUUUCGUUCUUGAUAUGUCUUUCUGUCUUUUUUUAAUAGAUGCUUAUCGCCUUCGUUUCUCAGAUUUUCUCAACAAUUUUUCGUUUUUCUUUCCGACUUGUGACCUAUUGGUCUCUCCUUUACUAGUCCUUGCUCUCUCAAAGUCUUACUACGUCUAGCUCAGUGAUAUCCUCCAGAUUUAGCCGGAAUGCAGGCCCUUCGGGGACUCUGUGAUUUUGGGUCGGUGUUGUUGCCGAGCUGUUACUGCGAUCUUGCCCACCAAUUAAAUGAUGAUAUUCUUGAAGAUUCUAGGGUUUUAUGUGUUUUCUGGUGGGUGGUUUAUUGUUUGUUGGGGUCUUUAAUGGUCCUGCCAUUGUGGGUUUUUACUUUUAUGUGAGGGGAGAUUUGGGUUUUGCAUGUUUUGCUCAGCUUCAAGCAAACUGCGAGAGGAGGACAUUUCUCCCCUUGUCGUUGGGUAGCUGAAACUUUGGCGAAGAUUUAGGGGUUUCUACUGAAACCCCAUCAUCGUUUGUUGCCUACUGCUGAUUUAGUUGCCUCCUGAAACCCCAUCAUCGGAUCCCGUGAUGCCACGCCCGACCACGUCCGCGUGGUACGUCUUCUCCCGACACUUCCGUUCGGCCAAUCUUCCCACAGCGUGUAGCCUCAAGGCCGAAGCCACCAAUCUUCUCGAGAAGGUGCGCGUACAAGACACGCGACGCCAGCUCCAAGAAACUCUCCUACUGUUCUACACCCUCACUCCGCCUCACUCCCUCCAAGUCUAUGCCACUCUCUUCCACGCAUGUGCUCGCCACAAAUGCCUCCGAGAAGGCAUUUCUCUGCACCGCCACAUGCUUUCCAACAACCCCGUCAACCCGCCUGACCUCUUUGUCACUAACCAUCUCAUCAACAUGUACUGCAAAUGUGGUGACUUGAAUUCUGCCAACUACCUGUUUGAUGAAAUGCCCAACAGAAACCUUGUUUCUUGGACUGCUCUCAUUUCUGGGUACGCGCAACACAGGCGAACCGACGAGUGUUUUCGUCUAUUUUCGGGCAUGUUGGUGGACUUCCGUCCGAAUGAGUUUGCGGUGGCAAGUGCUCUUAGCUCGUGUGGUGAGAGGGAUGGUGAGCGUGGCCUGCAGGUACAUGCGCUUUCGUUGAAAAUGUCUUUGGAUGCUUGUGUUUAUGUUGCGAAUGCUCUUAUUACCAUGUAUAGCAAGAGUUCUGUUUAUGGUGUUUAUAAUCUUGAUAGGGAUGAGGCGUGGAGCGUGUUCAAGACCAUAGAGUUCCGGAAUCUUAUUUCUUGGAAUUCAAUGAUUGCAGGAUUUCAGUGUCGAGGGCUUGGGGCCCAAGCUAUCAGUCUUUUUUCACAAAUGCACCGUGACGGAAUUGGGUUUGAUCGUGCCACGCUUCUCAGCCUCUUUGCUUCCUUGGGUGGAAGCACUAACAAUGAUGUUGAUUUUGGUCUCUAUUUUUGUUUCCAGUUGCACUGUCUCGCGAUCAAAACAGGGUUUAUGUCAGAAAUUGAGGUAACAACCACAUUAAUUAAGUCUUACUCCGAUCUUGGCGGAGGUACUGCCAACUGUUAUAGGCUCUUCAUGGAGACAAACUCUUGUCGAGAUAUUGUUUCAUGGACUGCCAUUAUAGUGGCAUUUGCAGAAUGUGACCCAGAAGAAGCUCUCUUCCUGUUUCGCCAAUUGCUUCGAGAGGACUUAGCUCCUGAUUGGUAUACUUUCUCAAUUGUCUUGAAAGCUUGUGCAGGCCUUGUGACCGAACGGCAUGCCUUGACAGUUCAUUCGCAAGUUAUUAAAGCUGGGUUUGAAGGUGACACUGUACUUGCAAAUGCCUUGAUCCAUGCGUAUGCUAGGUGUGGCUCCAUUGCUUUGUCUAAGCAAAUAUUUAAUGAAACGGGAUUUCGUGAUUUGAUUUCUUGGAACUCAAUGCUAAAAGCGUAUGCCUUGCAUGGGAGAGCUAAAAAAGCAUUGCUACUCUUUUCGCAAAUGGAUAUCCAACCUGAUCCUACCACCUUUGUUGCUCUCCUCACAGCUUGCAGCCAUGCUGAACUGGUUGAUGAAGGAAUCAAAAUCUUUGAUUCUAUGUUUGGUAAAUAUGGUAUUGCUCCUCAACUUGAUCACUAUGCCUGCAUGGUUGACAUUUUUGGGCGAGCCGGCCGACUUCUUGAGGCUGAGGAACUUAUAAAUAGAAUGCCGAUGGAGCCUGAUUCUGUAAUUUGGAGCACUCUCCUUGGGUCAUGUAGGAAGCACAGUGAGACAAGGUUGGCCAAGCUAGCUGCAGAUAAACUGAAGGAGUUGGAGCCAGGCAAUUCAUUAAGCUAUGUACAAAUGUCAAACAUAUAUUUCUCCGGCGGUGAUCUUGAUAAUGCUGGCCUAAUUAGGAAUGAAAUGAAAGGGUCUGUUGUGAGAAAGGAGCCCGGAUUAAGCUUGGUUGAGAUUGGUAAUCGGGUGCAUGAAUUUGCGUCUGGUGGCCGACGCCAUCCAGAAAGGGAGGUGAUAUGCAGGCGGCUUGAAGAACUGAUCGGGCAGUUAGAGGAGAUGGGGUAUGUUCCAGAGACAAGCUUGGCUUUGCAUGACAUAGAAGAGGAGCACAAAAAGGAGCAACUAUACCAUCACAGUGAGAAGCUAGCUUUAGCCUUUGCCAUAAUGAAGGAAGGUGGUCUGUGUUGUGGUGGGAGAGUAAUAAGAAUCAAUAAGAACAUCCGAAUUUGUGUGGAUUGCCAUAAUUUCAUGAAGUUAGCUUCAGAUCUACUUCAGAAGGAGAUUGUUGUCAGAGACUCGAACCGCUUUCAUCAUUUUAAAGACGGGUUGUGCUCUUGCAGUGACUACUGGUAGCAACUACCAUUAUUGGCGAAAUCUCUUUGUAUACAUCCUGUGCAUUAGUGUUGCUUUCCGCAUUUCGAUGAUAUGCAUUGCUUACAAAACAAAAAUUCACAUGAAAAUUGAUGGAGAAGAGUCAUGCUGUGA